CUGGGUGAUUGGUCAGAAUUGAGAACAUUUAACGGGAAGCUCGAGAAUACUCAAAAUCCGGAUACGAGCCUAUGUAAAAGAGGAACGUUUGUUCGGUAAAUUGGCGAUAAUCUGCGUUUGCCAAACCCAGUGUUCAUUUAGAAAAGGACCGACGCAUGCGUUCGCAUCCUGACGGACAUAUCAGCAGGUUCAUAAAGUGGUGGGAGAGCCAGGCACGUGUGAAACAGCUGUAGAUUUAAUCAGUGUAUAGAGCAAGUACGAGGCGACGCAUCAAUCGGUAAGCUUCUCCUGCCCAAGGAACGUAUCGUCGACUGGCGGUCAUUUUUUGUCGAGUAUCCUUCGGGGAACACCAAGUCGUGGUGAAUCAUUCGGUGCGAUGCGUUCUACGCGACAGAGGAAAGUGAAACAGGAAUAAAACCUCGUGGUGAACGGUGCAGUGAAACGCCGUAGUACCAGAUCCGUGGUAACUGUUAACGAGGAAACUGGAGAAUCACGUGCUUAAACGCUCUCACGUGGCCAUUGAUCAGGACUCCAAAUUACCACGAUGUGCUGAAACGUAUGGUUUGAAUCAGAGGAAAACUCAUUCGUAAGACGAAAGGAAAUAUUUGUGACAUGACUGGGUUCAAUGUUAAGAAAUUACUGAAGAACAGAAUUCCUGUUCUAAAGUGGUUACCCCUGUACAGAGCCAACGAUGCAUUGGGUGACCUGGUUGCGGGACUGACGGUGGGCCUGACCCUGAUACCACAGGCGAUCGCAUACGCUGGACUUGCAGGUUUGACGCCGCAGUAUGGCCUUUACAGUGCGUUCGCUGGCAGUUUCGUUUACAUAAUUUUUGGUACCUGUCGAGAAGUCAAUAUUGGCCCAACCGCAUUGAUUUCUUUGCUGACGUACACAUACGCGAGAGGUAUCCCCGAGUACGCUGUCCUCCUUUGCUUUUUGUCAGGAUGCGUUACCAUAGUCCUCGGAAUCCUCCGGUUAGGAUUCUUGGUCGAGUUCGUGUCCAUACCAGUCGUUUCUGGAUUCACAUCAGCGGCCAGCUUAAUUAUCGCCUGCAGUCAAAUCAAAAGUUUGCUGGGCUUGAAAAUACACGGAGAAAGUUUCAUUGAGAUUUGGAGAGAAUUGGCCAAGAACGUGGGUCGUACCAGGAUCCCUGACCUGAUCUUGUCUUGCUGCUGCAUUCUAAUACUGUUGACCCUGAAGAGAAUCAAAGACGUCAAGGUCUCGAAUCGAAUUUUAAGAAAAUUAACCUGGUUCCUGGGAACUGGUAGAAACGCACUCGUGGUAAUUUUAUGCGCAGCAGUGUCGUAUAUAUUUGAAAAUCGCGGUGGAGCACCUUUCAUCCUUACAGGCCACAUCGACGGCGGACUACCCUCCGUUGCUCCGCCACCCUUCUCGAUCACUGCCGGGAAUCACACUGAAACUUUUGCUGAUAUGUGCAAAAAUUUGGGCACCGGCAUUGCGAUCGUUCCACUGAUCUCCAUAAUCGGGAAUGUGGCCAUCGCGAAGGCGUUUUCUCGAGGAGAGUCACUCGAUGCCACUCAGGAAAUGCUAACUUUGGGACUAUGCAACGUUGCUGGCUCGUUCUUCCAUUCGAUGCCGGUCACGGGUUCCUUUUCCAGAAGCGCCGUGAACGACGCAUCGGGCGUAAGGACGCCCUUGGGUGGUAUCUAUACAGGUAUUCUAGUCAUUCUCGCUCUAAGCUUACUGACGCCGUACUUCUAUUACAUUCCAAGAGCGACCUUAAGUUCUGUGAUAGUUUGCGCGGUGAUAUUUAUGGUCGAGGUGAAAAUGAUACGGCCAAUUUGGAAAUGCAGCAAACGAGAUCUGAUCCCGACUUUCGCAACAUUCUUCGCAUGCUUAUUCGCCGGUGUCGAAUUGGGAAUUUUAAUAGGAGUGGCGAUUGAUCUGGCAAUAUUAAUUUAUUUUAACGCCAGGCCGACAAUAUAUAUUGAAUACAGAAAUACUCCUACGUUAAACUACAUCCUCGUGCGUCCCAGCGCCGGGUUGCUUUUCCCAGCGGUGGAUUACCUGAGGAUGUACCUGUUAGAGAACUUAGCUAAUGAUCACCAUAAAUUACUGAAAACCUUCAAGAACACGAAAAAUGUCAUUCUAGACUGCAAGCACAUCGAUAAAAUUGAUUUCACUGCGGCGCGUGGAUUAAAUAUGGUAAUGAGAGAUUUCAAGGAAAAGAAUCAUCAUUUGAUAAUGCUGCGACCCUCCAAGGAAAUCUUACAGAGCGUGCAAUCGCUCUGCGAGGAAACGAUUGAAGUGGUUAAUACCGAUGCUGAGCUCGUAGCAGCUUUGAAAGAAUUGAACACGACCAAAGCAAUUAAAGAAAUUGGUGCGGAGGUAAUAGAUAUGUCAAAUGGAACAACUACCAGUGGUGCGAGAAGUGAACUUACGAGUACGAAGCUUUAAGUCGAACUAUAAAUUUAAGUAACGGAAAUUCGAGAGAUAUCAGAGACAGCUGGAUAUUCGAAAAAAUAUUUAGAAUUUCUACAGGUUCUUUUAUCUUUUUUUU